CGAAUUUAAAGCUGUGCUCUGGGAUCACAAUGAUCUAUACUACCGGCUAAGUUUGAUCCCCGACAUGACCCACGCCUCGUUUUUGUUGUGCUCCCCUCCUGCCACUCGAUUCAAGAUCAAGGGUUGCUGCUCUGCGCCAAAUUCCGGAAUCAUUUCCCACGAAAAACGUUUUACCGAUAGGCUUCUCGCUCAUCCAAUGGACGCAUGGAGUGGACUCGAGAUGGAUCGAACUCCAUGUGGGUGAGGCAGGGUGGAUGAUACACGCUGAAGAUGUGUGGUGGAUGAGAAGAUAUGAAGAGAACGCACCAAUAAAACGUUCCAGUGCCACUGCAGGACUGGAUUCCUAUCCUCUUCCUCCCCGCGAAACCCCCUCCAUCCAUGUCUCUCCCUCAGCACGGCAUUCCCUCCUGCGCCUCCUUUUGCUCGCUCACAUCCAACGGCUGGAACCGCUUCCUCUUCCGGGUAUACACUCCCAAGUCAGGUACUCACUUCGGUGUCCCCUUCACUGGUCUCAGAUUCGACAAUCGAUGGAACGAAUACGCGGAGGAGCUCUUGCCUGAGGUUUUGUUUGAGCCCAACUACGAAUCGAUCGCCACGCAUCUCGAUUGGACAACCCGGCAGUCCUCGCCCUACGUAUCGACCUCGUUCAGCUUCUACUGGGCGCUCUGGGAAGCCGUGCGGCGAUAUCACUAUGGCGUGAAACACGACGUCGAGAUCGCCGUGAUCGAUGCGAGGUGCGCGAGCGUGUUUAAGCGCGCGGUAGUCGUUUUGGACGUGCUGCGUGGUGUACCCAUUGCGAGCCGCAAGAAGAACCACGUGAAAUGGCAGCGCCACGCAGCAGAGACGCAGACCGUUUUCAUCCACGGUGCAAUCCCGCAGUCCGCCGUGCUUGGGUCCAUUCCUCUUCUUCGCAUCCUCGACAAGCUGCCCAGCUUUUGUCUCGCACCGCAGCGACAUCACCUCUCCCAUGGCGCACCGGGUCCUCUCGCACGGGUAUCCUGGGCAUACCAUCCCACAUCCAAGACAGCCAAGUUCCACGAAUUCUGCGCGCACCUUUCCGCUGUAUUCGCCUCCCUCCCGAACGACAAACAGCACGAAGAUAGCGCGGAGGGUGCCGUGCGACUUGCACUGACACUCGUCGGUGGAUGGUUCUAUUGGACGAUGGGCUCAGGUCGGGCAUCGCAGGUCGAUGCUGAUGAAGCUGUGGAAACAGUGGUGGAAAUGGCCAAGUCGCUAGCUCGAUGGCCGAUGACAGCAGCGGAUGGUGAAGUCGAGAUGGCAAUCGUGAAACUCGUUCGAGAGGAGGUGUGGAGGCAUCGUCGACUGACGGGUGGACUGGUGCCGCGCCAUCCGGAUGUAUCUUUGGCUCCGUCCUCGUCCAAUGUGACCGCACCGCCGUCUCCCCCAUUUUCAGAAUGCGACCUGCCGCUGGUCGGCGAGUCUAUUUCCCCCAUCUCACCAUCUACGUCCUUCUACACACCUCCUGCCACGCCCAAACUCUCCCCGACUAUCUUCUCCGCUGUCAAUGCUAGCGCUUGGAGCUUGCCAACGCCUCCGCCGACUCCGCCUCCGUCUUUGCGAUCUGGUGGUGUUAGCCCGGUAACCUACGUUCCUGCGCAUGCAUCUCCAUUGGGUCGGCUCUCGAUGGCUUGGCCGCUCAACGAGGGGAUGUCUGAUAUUCCGGCUCUUUCGCUCGACAUGUCAGUGGCCCAGCUUCGAGAUGAGGAGGACCGAGACCGAGACCGAGACCUCCCAUUACUCUCGCUUGACAUCCCACAAGCUGUCGACGAACUCAGUCCGAUCCCCAGCUGCUAUGCUUCGUGCGAAAUCACACCUCGCCCGUUCGUCGUCUCCAGUCUUCCGUCCUGCGAAUCAACAAGUAUCGCGGAUGAGCACGGAAUCUCGUCCACAUCAGAGCAGUGCAAGGAGACGAGAAUGACGGAAGAGGACGCUGACGACGAGGUUUGGCGCAAGUUCGCUGAAUCUAUCUCCUUUGACCACGAGGAUGACGGCCUGCACUACUACGGUGCUGCUGGUCUGCGACAGUCGUUUGCGCAGGAUGCAUCGUGUGUCGUCACUGGUUUCCUGGUCGGCGCCCUUACAUUCGCUGCAUUGAGCCUGCAUCGCCGGCCUGGGUUGUUGAUUGCAACCUAGUUGUAUGAGCUAAUGUAAUUUGCCAAUGUAUCUCGAUGUGUCUGAAUCUGUAGCCAAUUGUAUUCAAUUCCUGCUUUUCAUUGUGAAUGUGUGGCUCCAAGUGGACUUGAUAUUGAACCAAAUAUUAUUGAAUUUGAAUUGCAGAAAGACUUGAAAUCACAAUGAAGAAUCUUUACGGGCUUUCAACAAGAUUGAAAGUCGACCCGUCGACACCUGUCCACCGUUUCCAUCGGACACAAAUGAGUAUGGUCGCCCCAGCUGGGAUGUGAUCAACGGGCAAACAUUUUCUCCACCUGGAAGGGGCUCGAAAGCACGGAGGAGACUGAACCGGAUAGCCUUUUGUCUGUGGGGACGUCUUGAGCCAAUAGCACAAGUAGUGGAGUAGGGAUACUCCAGAAGCGGGGUGAGUCGGUGCGAGGUGGCCUGAGCCAAG